UCUCCUACCUGGAAAGAGUGUCCAUCCAGGAUUCGAUAACUGGUCUUGUGGUGGAGACUCCCACAGUACGCUUGUCCAACUGCCAUAUCAACAACACAGAGAAAGUAGGCCUCACUGUCCAGACUGACACCAUUGACCUUGACCUGAACGGAACAGUUGUAGAACAUGGGCAGUCAACAGGUAUAUUGGCUAAAGUAACUAAAGCUUUCCGUCUCAGGAAUGGCACAACACAACACAAUCACGGAAGUGGAAUUGUCUUAUUUGGGACAUCGGCUCCUACAACGGUUGAAACAAUGAACAUCGUUAAUAACAGUCUUCAUGGUUUGGAAACACAGGUGACUAAACAUAUCAACAAAGGAGUGUUACACAUAAAGAGCAACAGAUUUGUGGAUCAUGGCUUGGGAGGCUCGGGCCUUCAACUGCAUUACACAUCAGUGUCGAAUACCAAGGUGUACGUGGAACAGAAUUCAUUUAGUAAUAAUGUUAAGUCCAUGGAUGCCAGAGUGGGGAGUACGUAUUAUCGUUACAGUGAAAACAGUUGCGUCAUCAAGGGGAACAUAUUCAAAUCAACUGGUCAAGUAUCAGCGUAUUCAGGAAACCUAGCAUCUCUUUACAUUGAAGACAACUCUUUCAAGAGUUCAUUUGGUGGGGACAAAUGUUUCCUGAAUGUGGAGGUGGAUGAUACAAGAGGUGGUGACAAAGUUCAAAAUAUCAGUCUGUCAACCAAUAGUUUCCAAAAUAUCACAGGUCGAUGUGUUGUUUAUGUAAAAUCAACAAAAUUUGAAUUUAAUGGGACGCUCACUUAUAACCAGAUAUUCAGUUCCCCCACCGAUGAAGGGACAGUCUUGUUAGACUCGAAAAACGUUAGUCUCUAUUAUAACACGUUUGAUAACCCGAGAGCUGAUUACGAACUAAAGAUCCUGUUAACUGGAGAGGAGCAGAUUAAUGCUGAACACAACUGGUGGGGAAGUGCUGAUCCAGCCAUUGCCGGACAACGGAUUCUACACAAGGAUCUUGACCAGAGGCUCCUCAAGGUGGACUACCUUCCACUUCUCACUGAUCAGAAUUUCGACUGUUCAGAGCAGUUGUAA